AUGUCAAUUUACAAAGAAGGUGAGACUAAGAUGUGGGUUGCUCGUGAUGAUGGAUUUGAUACAAUGAACAUGAAAAAUGCAGGUUUACUCGAAGUUGCAAACCUUUCAUUUGAUGAACCAGAAUUAGAGGCCAUCAUGUUUUCUAAUAACAAUGAAGAAAUGCUUGAAGAUGUCUUGGGGUCUUUUUCUGUUGGAAUGCUUGGUCGGGCUUUGUUGAUUCUUGGACCGUCAUAUAGUGGUGAUUCAAGCCUUUGUUGCCCCUUUUUAUGA